CAUGUUCCAGAGAGAGAACAUUGAGAUGUGUUCAGGUACAUGUUCCAGAGAGAGAACAUUGAGAUGUGUUCAAAUACAUGUUCCAGAGAGAGAACAUUGAGAUGUGUUCAGGUACAUGUUCCUCACGCGGUGCUCUUCCAGCCGCUCUGUCUUCCCUCCCUCUGCUGUCAGUCAGGCUGUCCCGCGAGGGGGGAGGAGUCAACGUGUUUUUAAAAUGACUGGUGUAAAGUGAUACUCGCGGACGGGGGGGGGCAGAGGAGCGGGGCGGCCACUUCCUAAACACAACACAUUCCCCCGCCUGUGUGCGAGAGGCGCGACACACUCCGACUUUUGUGUCGACGCGGACCGGACGGACGAACUCCAAACCACCGCUCCGAGGGCUCACUUCCUGGAUGGAAACGGACACUCUGCUGGGCGAGUCCGUAAACGCAGCCCCGCAGGACUAUGGCUCCCACCCAGGCCGUCCGGUCGCGGGGCCCGACGGGGCCCCCGGCAGGAGGCGGCCGUCGUACUCGGUCGCCGGCGGGGGGUCGUGCAGAGUCGAGAGCGGAGCAGGGGAUGAUGACCUCUACGUUCAACAAGCUGUUGUCUUCAUAGAGGAUGCCAUACAGUACCGGUCCAUCAACCACAGAGUAGACGCCAGUUCGCUCUGCCUGUAUCGAUGGUACUACUCGCGGAUAUGCCAGUGGGGCUUGGGUCUGACCAUCGCAGCGUUGCUGUUGCUGGCCUUUGUGGAGCGUCCGUCCUCCCUGUCCGUCUCGUCCGACGGCCGUCACCGCUCUCCGCCUUGGGAGCCUCCCUGUGGCUUCACCGAGAGCAUUGAGAUGGUCUGUCUCCUCAUCUUCUGCCUUGACCUCGCCGUCAAGAGCUACUUGAUUGGCUGGGACGAAUUCAGGAAGGGCAAAUGGCUAAUUGGCUACACCGUCGUCCUUUCAUUCUCCAUCAUCGACUGGGUGCUGUCUGUCAGCAUGGUGUGUGAUGAGAGACUGAGAGUGCGGCGACUCCUCCGGCCCUUCUUCCUCCUGCAGAACUCCACCCUGAUGAAGAAGACACUGAAGUGCAUCAAGAGAACGCUGCCAGAGAUUGCCAGCGUCAUCCUGCUGCUGGCGCUCCACCUCUGCCUCUUCACCAUGAUCGGCAUGCUCCUGUUUGCUAAAACGGAUGAUCCGAAGAGGAACGGGGAGUGGGAGUUACACUUCAGAGACCUGCCUCAGUCUCUCACCUCUCUACUGGUGCUGCUCACCACAGCCAACAACCCAGACGUGAUGAUCCCCGCCUACUCGCUGAACAGAGGCUACGCCGUCUUCUUUGUCACCUUCAGUGUGAUCGGAACCUACUGUUUGAUGAACCUUCUGACAGCCAUCAUUUAUAACCAGUUCAGGGGAUAUUUGCUCAUGUCGGUCCAGACGUCCAUCAUCAGGAGAAGACUGGGGAUCCGUGCUGCUUUCCAAGUCCUCGGCUGCCGGGGAGCCCAACAUUCCACUGAGGACGAGCAGGUUGGUGUCGAUGCGGUGCUGGAGGCGAUGUCCAGAGUCCAGAUGAAGACCUACUGCAGAGCAGCCAUCACCACGGAGGUGCAGCGGUACGCAGACGUGGGGCACAUGGACCGAGAGCAGUUCAGAAAGAUCUUUGAUGAACUGGAUAAAGAUCGCAUCAAGGAGCACCCUCCCCUGCCUCAGUACAACUCUCCAGUCCUGCAGAGACUCCAGAUGAUCUUCAGUCACUACUAUCUCACUAUACUUGGCAAUGCAGUGGCUUUGGCCAAUGUCAUGUGCAUAUGUACUGUCCUCGUAUUGAACUCAGAAAAGUCGACUGCAGAGCGAGACAACUUCUUGUUGGAGAUCAUCAACCUGUGCUUCAUCCUCUACUACGUAUUUGAGAUGUGUGUGAAGAUCUUCGCCUUCGGUUGGAGAGGGUACCUCUCCUACAGGAACAACAUCUUCGAUGGCUUCCUCACCGUCCUGCUACUGGGUCUACAGAUCCUUAUUUAUGCCACCUACAGGCUUCCUCAUGCUCACUGGGACCCGUCCUCCCAUUUGAUGUCUCUGUGGGAGAUGAUUCGUUUGGUCAACAUGCUGAUCGUCUUCCGCUUCCUGCGCAUCAUUCCGGACAUCAAGCUCAUGGCCUUGGUUGCGAGCACACUGCUGGACCUGGUGAAAAACCUCCGGGCCUUCGCAGGGAUACUGGUGGUGGUGUACUAUGUGUUCGCUGUGUUUGGGAUCUGGCUGUUCGAAGGGGCCAUCAAACCUCCUCCAGAGAUGAGUGUGAUCUCCAACACCACCAUGGAGAACAUCACCUCUAACUUCAGCAUGGAGUGUGGAACCUAUGAGCAGCUCAGCUACUGGUCGAACAACUUCGAUGACUUUGCUGCGUCCCUCAUUUUGCUAUAUAAUGUCAUGAUAGUCAACAACUGGCAGGCUUUCAUGGAGGCGUACAGCAGAUACACCUCAGAUUGGGCCAAAGUCUACUUUGUGUGUUGGUGGCUCACCUCGUCCGUCAUGUGGGUCAACCUGUUUGUGGCGCUCAUCUUAGAGAACUUCAUCUACAGGUGGGACCGCAGUCACAGCUGCUCUGUAACAGAUGUGGAGAGGAUCCGAUAUGAAACCUCUCUUCAGCUCAUAUUCAAGGAGCAGAUCCAGGAGCCGACAGAGGAGGAAUUAACCUGUCAGCUACACCAACACCCACACCUCCACCUGCACUAGUGACACACACACACACACACACACACAGCACCACAAUGCAGCCAUGAGGCUGCUCGAAAGUUAGUCUACUGUGUGGUAGAAGCACUGAAAGGUCAAUAUUACAGCAUUCUUCAACUCGUUUACUUGAAUGCGUAUUAUCGUAAUAUGUAACUUACAACUACUGAAACCAGUAGGAAGCACGUGUUUUUUCAUUAUCGUCCCAUCAUUCGUAAGUUAAACCACAGUGAGGUGCAGUUUCAGUUAUGCCAAGUCAAUGCAGUGGUCAAAUUGACGGGUGAUAACAUUCUAGAAUAGAAAAGGAUUCUUCUUCUUUAAAGAUUUCUCAUCAGUAUCGGCCCAUUGAGUCGGUACGUUUACAUGCAUUUUAUAACCCGAUUAUACUCGGGCUUAAAGACACAGUGUGUAAUAUUUCAAAAUAACUAAUUCACAGAAAUUGAAUAUUUUGUCCAUAAGUGUGUGUUCUAAAUGUAUAAUCACCUGCAACAAAGAACCAAUGUCAACUUUGAAUGAGUUGAAUAUUGUAACAUGAGGUUGACCCGACCUCCCUGUAAGUCUCCAUGUUUGCUACGUCGUGUUGUGCUGCGUUCAGGUUCCACUGCAACUCGGGAGGUCGGGGAAAAAAAAUGACCACCCCGACUUCCGGGGUCCGAGUUCCGAGGUACAAUGGAACGCAGCAUUAAAUACGGUUGUUGCACAAACCGGCCCAGAAUAUGCUGCAUUCACGUUGAAUUUCCAGCG